UGAUGUUAGUGGUAUGCUUGUUAUACCAAGCGAUGGUUUUGUUAUAUCUAUGGAUGUGAUAUUGAUUAUACGUGUGGUUUCGGCAUUCCUCGUCCACUCGCUGUAUUCAAUACAUUUGUGUGCGGUAUGACGACGCUGUGAUAUAUAGUAGAAAAUUGCGGAAAUGGUGAAUCUUGUUCUACUGGGAAGAACUGGCAACGGCAAGAGGUCAACGGGUAAUUCUAUUCUGGGAGAGAAUGUCUUUAACGUUAGGAGUAACCUGGGGGUGAAUGAUGCUGCGGCUGUGGAUGGCACCAGGGGUGGGGUUAAUGUUGUCAACUGUUGGUGUGUGGGUGACACGGGUGACGACAUGGCUGUGGGGAUAAAGGCCACAGAAGAUUCCGGGGAGAUGGCGCUGGAGAGUUGUGGAGACAAGAUAAACAUGUUUGUAUUGGUGCUGAAGUACGGGGUCAGGUUCACCAAACAAGAGAAGGACGCCGUGGAGAGGGUGAAAAAAGUCUUUGGUCAAGACGUGUUGAGAAACUGGGGCGUCAUGGUGAUGACGUAUGGGGAUAACUUUCAGUUAGAUGCUGAGGAUUCUGAUUUGAGUUUUGAGAGUUGGUUGAAGGAACAGCGUGGGGAUAUACAACAUUUGUUGGAGGAGAUGAAGUACAGGUGUGUGUUGUUUGACAACAAGACAAGAGACGAGGUCAGGAGACGGGAACAGAGAGAGAAGUUGAUGUCUUUUGUCAAACAGUUACCGGCUGGUCGGCCGUACAGCGGGGAGGACUUCAAGAGGGCUGGUCCUGCCCGCGAUGAAAUGAUUAGGUCAGUCCAGAUUGAUGAGUUUAAAGUUGUAGUCAGGAAGUUGAUUGACGACAUUAAACGGUCGUUGGAUCGUCAUGACACGACUAAAGAUCAACUGGUGACAUUUGUAAAGCAGUUAAAUGAAGCAGAAGAAAAAAUCAUUCAUGAAUUCGGUUCGUCAAGAAGUCUGUACAGCGAGCUGAUGGACAUUCGGCACCUGCAAAAAAGAAUUAAAGCUUUGAAUGAUGAGGGAUUAGUAUUUGUUGUAAUAAUAUUUGUGUUGAACAUACUGUGUAGAGCAUACAGAAGUCUAUUGAACAUAAUGCCUAAAGUUCCCAGACGUGUGUUAAACGUAAUGUCUAGAGCAUACAGUUUAAUUGCUACUUGCUUCAUCAUUCCCCUCGACUCCAUGACUUACGUCAUUCUAGUACUCUACCCCUAUGGCCCCAGUGUGAUUAGAAAACCAGUAACAAACUUUCUGCAGCAUGUCUACAUCUGUACCAUCAAGGUUGUGCCUGAUGAUGUUUGGAGAAUACACAAAGUUAAGCAGUUUUUUGAGAGAAGAAUGGAGUACAUGGACUGACAUGUUACGUUGGUACAUGUUAUACACACUUGUGUAUUUACAUAUACCACUACACGAACUCACAAACCUACACAUAAACACAGCUACAUCAAUCCGCACACCGACACCAAACUCACACACAUACACUCAUAAAUGCACAUACAAAUAUACAAGCCUUCUCACACACACACACACACACACACACACACACUUAACCAACUCACACACCUUCGCAUAUAAACUUGUGUAUAUCAACCCACACCUAAACCAAUUAACAGACGUACACCCAUAUUAUACUAAACAAACACACGUAUCUCUACGCCAACUCAUACACCUACACUCAUACACACACCUUCACAAAUACACACACACACACCCCAUCUCACACACUUUCACCAAUCAGCAUAUCAAUAGCCAUAUACACCUAGAACAACUGAUAUGGGAUGUUCACGUGAACUGUUUAGAGAAAAUCGUCAUCAAUCUUUAUCAAUAAAUUAUUUACAAUUACAAUUGAUGUAUAUGUAAAUCUCAAGUUAUGUCUUUGUUUUAUGAUAGCGGAUAAGAAGUUGAUUUAAUUCGAUUCAACCUUUCUAUUUUUCAUUAAUAAACUGGCGUAGUAUCAUUUAAAAAAAAAUCAUAUCUACA